GCAGAAAAACAUAAGUAAGCUUGUGAUAUAUUUCGCAAAUGCAAAUCAGAAUGGGGGAAAAAUAACAUAUCUAAUAAAUGCAUAAUAUUAAUGCUUCAGUUUUAUUUUAAUCCAUGUGUUUAAGUUUGAGAUUUGGCGCCCUGCAGGAAUAACACUACGUCAGAAAAGGAUUAGGAACUGUGGGCUGGCCCAGGAACCGCGGAUCUCCUCCAGCUCUGAUUCAGUCGGAUCGCAGCUGCAGUUGUUGCUCUGUCGGCGCCGAGGACGGACCAAUCCGGGCGCAUCCCUCACCGCCUCCGGAGGAAGCUGAAUGUGAGCGCAGAUGGAGAGUAAAAUCCUCGGCAGAUAGGAUUUUGGUUUCGUUUUCGGAGCGAGGAAUCCACGGAUGCGAGGGUGCGGUGAAGCUGUGGCUGCAGCUGCAAACCGAGCGACCAGAAGGAAGAAGUUCUGCUGAAUAGCGAACCCAGGUGAGGCAGAUGUUCGUCUGCUGAGCGGAUCCGGAGGACAGAGCAGAAGAGUCCAGAGGAUAUGGUCUCUGGGGCCCCCAGCACCACGACCAUCACCACCACCACCAUGCUCCCCGCCUCCGAGGCUGCCAAAAUCUACCAGACCAACUACGUGCGCAACUCCCGCGCCAUCGGCGUCCUGUGGGCCAUCUUCACCAUCCUCUUCGCCAUCGUCAACGUAGUGUGCUUCAUCCAGCCCUACUGGAUCGGGGACGGCAUGGACACCCCGCAGGUGGGCUACUUCGGUCUGUUCCACUACUGCAUCGGGAACGGGCUGUCCCGGGACCUGGUGUGUCAGGGCAGCUUCACGGAGUUCCACAGCAUCCCGUCCGGCGCCUUCAAGGCUGCCUCCGUCUUCAUCGGCAUGUCCAUGGUGCUGGUGCUCACCUGCAUCGGCUGCUUCGCGCUCUUCUUCUUCUGCAGCACCGGAACCGUGUACAAGAUCUGCGGCUGGAUGCAGCUGGCUGCAGGUCUGCCUAGAAAGGUCAGUGAGACUGAUUGGCUUCCAGAAAACUGCAAAACUGCUGAGACACUAUCUAUUAAAUCAAGGCUGUUUAGAGUUGUCUUUGAUUAAUAAUAACUGGAAAAUUGAUCAAUAUAUUUGAUGAUUAUUUGCUUGAUGUUGGUUUUUGAUCAAAUGUAAUGUUUAUUUCUGGUUUCAUAAUUGGUUGCUGUAUUGUGUUUUAUGGUCUAAAGCUCUUUGAACAGCCUUUUUUGCUAAAAUAUGUU